AUGGAAUUAAAAACAUUUAAGGACUUAAACGAUGAUAUUAUAGGAGAUACAUCACCAGUAAUAAAUACAGGUGACCAACCAAAUCCUUUGCGUACUCAACAACAACAACUACAACAACAACAACAACAACAACAACAACAACAACAACAACAACAACAACAACAACAACAACAACAACAACAACAACAACAACAACAGCAUCAUAUACCACAACAAUUAUAUCAAAAGCAACAACAACAACAGCACAGUCAUAGCUAUGGAAAUCAUUCAUUCAUUCACAAUGUUUCACCAACAUCACCAAGUUACGAUAUAAAUAAUAAUAAUAAUAAUAAUAAUAAUAAUAAUAAUAAUAAUAAUAAUAAUAAUAAUAAUAAUAAUAAUAGUAAUAAUAAUAAUAAUAAUAAUAACAAUAAUAAAAAUAACUACAAUAACAAUUAUUACUAUUCACCAAUCGAAAAUAGUAAUAUAUCAAAAUCAUUAGAGGAAUCAGUGUUAAACCAAUUUCCUCAUAAUUUUAAUUUAAAUUCUAGUAAUAAUAAUUAUUUAAAUAAUAGUAGUAGUUUACAUAAUAUUAAUCAAAGUGUUAAUUCUUUAAGCAAUAAUAAUAAUAAUCAAACAAACCAACAACCAAUAAAUAACAAUAACAACAACAACAACAACAAUAAUAAUAAUAAUAGUAACAAUAGCAAUAAUAGCAACAAUAACAAUAAUGGUAACAAUAAUAAUAAUAUUACAGAUUCACCAACAAAAUCAAAAAGACAUAGUACAUAUGAAACAAACAUUGGUAGUCAUCAACGAAGAAAAUCAAUUCAAUCAUUAAUUGCAAAUUCAGCUAUACAUUCAUUCUCAAAAUUAAAGAAUAAACCAUUAUCAUCUUCAACCCCAUCCACUGUAAAUACUUGUGGUGCUGUUAAUAAUAAUAGUAACAACAACAACAAUAAUAAUAAUAAUAGUACUGGUAGUUUAGGAGCAAUACCAAUGGAUAGAAGUUUUGAUGGUAAUAUAAACACAAUAACUGAAGAAUCAACUGGAGGAAACAAUAGUCCAAGAAGUAAUUGUGGUAGUAAUUGUGGUAGUAAUGGUGGAAUUCCAUUAUCACCUAGAAAUUUAAGUAGUUUAAAUAGUGGUGUUAAUGUUUCACCAAGGAAUAUUCAUUUAAAUAAUUUAAAUAAUAAUAGUUCAAAUUUACCACCACUUAGUCCUAGACAUAUUAAUUUUCAUAUUAAUGUUUCAAAUUUAAAUAAUAAUAAUAAUAAUAAUAUUAAUCCAAAUAAUAAUCCAAAUAAUAGUAAUAAUAGUAAUAAUAAUGUUUCACCAAGAAAUAAUAACCACAACAUUUCACCAAGAGGUUCAAAUAUUUCACCAAGAAGUAAUAAUGGGGGUUCUACAACUAUUUCACCUAGAAAUAUUAGUAAUAAUAAUAAUAUUAUUAAUAAUAUUAAUAAUAAUAAUAUUUUAACUCCACCAAGAAAUAGUCCAAGAUUGGAAAAUGUGAAUCCUACUAAUAGUCCAAGAUUACUUGCCACUUCAUUAAACAGUACUUUACCUAUUGUAUCAUCAUUAACAUCUUCAAACAAUAAUAAUCAAAGCAAUAAUAACACUAAUCCAAGUAUUAAUAAUAAUAAUGGUAGAAAUGGACAUUGUAUUCAAACUAUUUCAGAAGAAAUUUUAGGUAAUAAACCAGUAGUUUAUAAUAAUGGUAAUAAUAAUAAUAAUAACAACACCAACAACAGCACCACCAGCAACAACAACAUCACCACAAACAACAACAAUAACAAUAAUAAUAAUAUUAAUAAUAAUGUUUUAAGUACACCAAGAAAGAGAACAAAAGGAAAUCAUUCAAAAACUAAUAGUUUACAAGAUUUUGAAACAUCUAGUAUGAAUGGAGGCGAUGAUAGUAUUAGUGGUGCAGGUAGUGGUGGUAGUUUAAGAAGAAGAAAUAAAGAUGAUAAUGAUGAAAAUGAUGGAAAUAGUAAUAAUACAAAUAGUAAUAAUAGUAACAAUAAUAAUAAUAACAACAAUAAUAGUAGUAAUAAUAAUAAUAAUAAUAGUAAUAAUAAUAAUAAUAACAAUAAUAAUAAUAAUAAUAAUAAUAAUAAUAAUAAUAAUAAUAAUAAUAAUAAUAAUAAUAAUAAUAAUAAUAAUAAUAAUAAUAAUAAUAAUAAUAAUAAUAAUAAUAACUAUCAUAAUGGUGCAACAAUGAUGAUGAGUCAUAAUCAUCAAAGUAUUGGUAUGAGUAGUUCACCAAAGAAAAAUAAUUUUAAACCAUUUUCAAGAAAUUGUUCAUUAAUGGGAAUGGGAAGAAGAGCAUGGGCAAUUAUAUUGGGUUUAUUUAUAGUUGGGUCAUCAAUUUCAAUAUUGGCAACAUUGGUAUUACGUUAUUCAGAGGAGAAUUCAAUUGCAGAUGAUUUUGCGAGAGUUGCUAGAGAUAGAUUUACAAUGUUAAGAAUAGAAUUUAAUAAUAGAUUAUAUAUCACACAAACAUUGUCAUUGUUAUUGUCAGUAUUUCCAUCGACAUCAGAGGAUCAGUUUGUACCAUUCUCAAAACUAUGGUCUGAUAAUGCCGAAGGUUUAGAGGGUAUAAUGUGGGCUCCACGUGUGUCUAAUCUUGAUAGAUAUACAUGGGAGAUUGAACAUUCGGUAAAGAUUAGAGAGAUAGUUACAAAUCCAAACAAUUCAUCCGAUAUGAGAGAUGUACCAGCUGCAGCUGCUUCCGAUUACUAUCCUAUAUUGUUUAGUGAACCACAAUCAUCGAAUGACCAUUUCAAAGGCUAUAAUAUUUAUUCGGAUAUGUGGCGUAGGCCAUCACUAAAUAAAACAAGAGAUACCGGUGAAAAGGUGUCAGUGGCGUCACCCUAUAUUAAUAAAUUAGCAAAUGUACCAAAGAAUAGUAGAUCAAAUGUAUUGUUGUACAUUUAUCAAGCAGUCUAUACUUAUGGUAAGGUAUUAUCAACGGUUGAAGAUAGAAGACAUGAAGUGAUUGGGUUUGCAAGUUGUAGGUUUUUCAUUAGUAGAAUGGUGUCAGCAAGUUUACAACGUCUAACUGAAGAGGAUUCAUUGGAUUUGUAUGUUUUCGAUUUAGAUUCCACUCCAAUUGGUGAGUUAAUUUAUUAUAGAGCUUCAAAUGCGGGUAAUGAUGAUGGUAGUUCACCAACAAAUAUUAUGAAUGGGAAAAUGUUGGAAGAUCGGUCCGAUAUGAUCUAUUAUAACACUAUGAAUGUUGGUGGUAGGAAUUGGAUGAUAGCUUUACGCCCAUCUAGAAAGUUCACCAAUAAACAUUAUACUUUCUAUCCCUAUGCAAUUGGUGGCGUUUGUAUGCUUCUAUCAGCAUUGGUUUCAUUUUGGUUUGCUGUAAAUACUAAACAUAAUAUCAAGCUAUCAGCAACCAAUGAAGAUUUACAUAAAGAAAUUUAUAAUAGAAAAUUGGCAGAGAAAGCAUUGGCAGAGAGCCAGGAAAGAUUGGAAUUGGCUAUGGAAGGCUCAGAGGAUGCUGUUUGGGAUUGGAAAGUUAAUACUGGUGAAUUACAUAUAAGUUCAAGAUGGUUCCAAAUCUUAAAAGCUCAUGAUACUUCCUACCAAAGUAGAACACUUUAUGAAGAAUUAAAAAGUAGUUCAACAAAUAAUUUAAAUUUUAAAGGUGAUUCAAAGAAUGGUGGUAGUAAUAAUGGUACUUUUAAUUUAUUUAAAAAUGGUAAAGUUGAUUCAUCAAGUCCUCAAUCAAUAACAAAUGUUAAUACUACUAAUGGAGGUGGAGGUGGUGAAUUAAGAAAAUCAAAUAGUGGUUAUUUAUAUAAUGAUGAAUUAUUUUCACCAAUUAUUUUGGAAGAAAUGGUUUCAUCACCAAAUACUCAUCAAUUAGCAAUUUGGAAUAUGAAAUUUUUGGCAGAAUUAAUUCAUCCUGAUGAUAAACAAAAGUUUAUAAGUGAAAUCAAGAAAACAAUUACAAGAGAGACCUCAAUUAUGGAAAUUGAAUGUAGAAUGCGUAAAAAGUAUGGUGGUUAUCUUUAUAUAAUUAUGAGGGGUAAGGUAGUUUCAAAUGAAACCUCUUUCAAAGAUAAUUCAUUACGUAUGGCUGGUACAUUACGUGAUAUGACAUCUCGAAAAGAUAUGCAACGUUUAAUUCUAGAGAAAGAAGCUGCCGAGGAAGCAAAUAAAGCUAAAUCUGCAUUUGUUGCAACGGUUUCACAUGAAGUUAGAACUCCACUAUCAGGUGUAAUAGGUGUUAGUGAUUUAUUAUUAGAAACCAAUUUAAGUGAAGAACAAAGAGAUUACGUUCAAACCAUUCAAAAGAGUUCUCAAGCAUUGUUGACCAUUAUCAAUGAUAUUUUAGAUUAUUCAAAAUUGGAGAGUAGACAAUUGAAAAUGGAGACAUUACCCUUCUCAAUUAUUGAAACUUGUCAAGCUGUAAUUCAUAUGCUUUCCGUUGCUGCCAAUGACGAUGUUGACAUUUUAUUACGUGUCCCACCAAAUGUACCAAGAAUUAUAUUUGGUGAUGCAAUGAGGAUGAGACAAGUCUUAUUGAAUCUCCUGUCGAAUGCAAUUAAAUUUACAAGUCGUGGUCAUGUUUUAACAGAUAUCAGCGUUGAUGAUUCAAUACCACCUACCAAUACUGAGGAAGAGAUCAUUCAUCUUUGUAUUACCAUUGAAGAUACAGGUAUUGGUAUACCACAAUCAUUAUUCGAUUCAAUCUUUGAACCAUUCUCACAAGCUGAUAAUUCAACCACUAGAAAAUAUGGUGGUACUGGCUUGGGUUUAUCAAUUACAAAACGUUUAAUUGAAGAAGUAAUGGGUGGUACAAUACAAGUUAGUAGUAUCGUCGGUCAAGGUUCAAAGUUUAAAUGUAUAAUUCCAUUCCUUUUACCAAAUACUUCACCAUCAGAUUUAAAUUUAAUUUCACCUUCAUCACUUCCAAAACCAUUCAUUAAUCGUUCACCAAAAUCAACUUAUUCUUUCACUGAUAAAAAAAAUAGUGUUCCAUCAACUCCAAUACCAAGUGGUGAUAUUUUAAUAAACAAAGUUUGUUUAUUAAUUUGUAGAGAUACUGUUACUGAAUUAGUAUUUAAAGAACAAUUAGAAUGGUUAGGAAUGAUUGUAAAACAAGUUCCAAGAAAUGUUAUUGAUAGUAUUAAAAAUACUAUUUUAAAUAAUAAUAACAAUAAUAAUAAUAAUAAUAAUAAUAAUAAUAAUAAUUCAAAUAAUUCUUCAUCAAUUAUUUCACCAUCUUCAUUAGAUUAUAGUGAUGAGAAUGAACAUUUAGAUCUUGUAUUAAUUGAUUUAGAAAUUUUAACUGAACAUCUUAAAAUACCAUCAAAUGUUCCAAUAAUAUUUAUUACACCAACAAAAUUUAAUAUUUCAAAACAUAAUGGAAUUUUAAAUAAAUGGAUUACUAAAUCACCAAAUCAAAGAGUUGAACUAAUAAGAAGACCUGCAAUCACUGAUAAAUUAAUUCCAAUAAUUAGUAAAUGUAUUAAAUCUCAAGUUCAAUUUACUUCUGGUUCAUCACAGCUUCAAUCACAACAAGCAAAUUUACAACAACAAUUACUUCAUCAACAACUUUGUAAUAAUGGUCAAACUCUAAAUAAUAAUUAUAACUCUGGAGGUAUUGGUGGUGGUGGUGGCGGUGGAGGAAGUAAUACAAUGAAUGGUAGUAGUGGUAAUUUAUCAAAUAAUAAUAACUUUGGUCAAACUCCUUUAUCAUCUGGUCUUGUUUUAUUAGUACAUACAGGUAGAACUCCUCCUUUAUUUAAUAAUAAUGGAAAUUCUAUAAUUCCACCAUUAGAAUUAGCUGUUGAUCAUCAUGGUAAUCAACAACAACAACUUUACCAACAACAACAACAACAACAAAAUAAUAGUAGUGGUAACUUCCAACAAUUUUAUCAACAACAAAAUAAUAAUAGUAAUAAUAGUUUCACACCAACUUUACCAAAUGAAAAUAGUAAUAAUAGCAUUAUGAAUAAUAGUUUAAAUAACAAUAAUACAACACCAUCAAAUGUUACACCAACACUUUUUACAUCUAGUCCAUUAGAUUUACAAGGAAGAGAUACACCUGUAUUACAACCGCCAGCAUAUAGAAAGAAAGCUUUAAUCGUUGAAGAUAAUGAACUAAAUCGUAAGGUUUUAGCUCAACUCUUUAAGAAAAUUGAUUGGACCAUUUCAUUUGCUGAAAAUGGAAGAGAAGCUCUAAAAGAAAUCACUGGCGAAAGAUGUUUCGAUAUCGUAUUCAUGGAUUGUCAAAUGCCAGUUUUGGAUGGUUUCCAAACUACUAAAAUAAUAAGAUCAAAAGAAAGGGAAAAUAAUUGGAAGAGAAUGAAUAUUGUUGCACUUUCAGCUGGUUCAUCUUCUUCAUUUGUUCAAGAUUGUUUAGAUUCUGGUAUGGAUUCUUUCAUGGGUAAACCAAUUACCCUAGCUACUCUAAAAGAUGCACUAGCAAAAUGGGGUGGUUAUAAUAAUUAA